CACAGACAGCUAACCACUAAGAGCUUAUAAAUCAUCUCUCUCUUCCCUGCAACUCUAGAGAGAGAGAGAGAUGGGUAGUGAAGGAAGAAGAAGCAGUUUGGUUGUGGGGUUGAUUGGCCUCAUUUGGCUGUUAUCGCCAUUAUUAUUAUUAUCGGAAUGUACAGUGGAGAGUACUGAAGAAGUUGAAGUUCUUCAUCGUCAUCGUCAUCAUCAUUAUCAAUCUGCAAGUUCUUCAUCAUCAACUUCAUCAUCGUCGUCGUCGUCCUCAACAUGCGAUAGGUACGAAGGAGAAUGGGUGAAGGAUGAGUCGUAUCCUCUGUACGACUCGUGGAAGUGUCCUCACAUUCGCAAAGAGUUCGACUGCUUCAGCUACGGCCGUCCCGAUCGUCUGUAUCUCAGUUUCCGGUGGAAACCCACCGGCUGCGACUUGCCCAGAUUUGAUGGGAAAAGCUUCUUGGAGCAAAUGAAGGGGAAGAACAUAAUGUUCAUUGGUGACUCUCUGAGUCUAAACCAGUGGCAAUCGCUAGUGUGCUUGCUUCAUUCUGCAGUACCUCAAUCUGCAACACUCCAACAGACCAUUGAACCUAUCACUAAUAUUACAUUCCAGGAAUAUGGAGUUUCUGUGAGUGUAUUUCAUUCUCUAUACUUGGUUGACAUUGAAGAGGAAAAGAUUGGUAGAGUUUUGAAGCUUGACUCGCUCAAGAAUGCAGAACUAUGGAAGAAUAUGGACAUUUUGGUUUUCAACACUUGGCACUGGUGGUACCGUAGAGGACCAAAGCAACCAUGGGAUUACAUUCAAGUGGAUGGCAAGAUACUCAAGGACAUGGAUCGUAUGGCUGCAUUUCAGAAGGGUCUGACAACUUGGGCUAAUUGGGUGAAUGCAGAGGUAGAUGCAACCAAAACCAAGGUUCUUUAUCAAGGAGUUUCACCUUCUCAUUACAAUGGAUCAGCGUGGAAUCAUCCAGAAGAGACAAACUGUGCAAAGGAAACAGAACCAAUGAGUGGAUCAACUUACCCCGGUGGUUUGCCUCCAGCAGCAUACGUAGUGAUGGAUGUCUUGAAGGAAAUAACAAAACCUGUUCAUCUGCUUAACAUAACAACUCUGUCACAGCUAAGAAAAGAUGCACACCCCAGUUCUUACAAUGGAUUCAAAGGCAUGGAUUGUACCCAUUGGUGUGUAGCAGGGCUGACAGAUAUCUGGAACGAGCUGCUUUUUGCAGCUAUCACCAAUUCAAAGUGAAGACAAAUUAUUUGAGGGAGAAUAGGGAUAACUAUACAGACAGAGGAUAGUCAAAUUUAUUUACUGUUAGUCUCCAAAGCAUAGAAUACACACUGAGUGAUCAUGGAUAAUUUUUGGCUUGUAGAUGUUUCAUAUUGCGGGGGCAGUAAAAUACAAGAACAAUUAUUCUUGUGACAAUUCAAUCUCAAUAAACUGAGAAAGUUGAAGCAUGAAUUUAUGUGUUA